AUGGGGCAGCGCCAUCAGCUCUGGAUCAUUGGCCGGGUUGGCGGUCGCUACCGCACUCUCGCUGUCGUCCACCAUCAGUGGGCCUACGGCACGCUCCCCAUCAAGGCUGCGUGGAGACUGAUGCACAUUCUGAGCCACCCCGAGAACAAGAGACUCGCUCGCCACGAACUCACCCAUGCCGCCACAUACGACGAUGCUUGGUGGGCCGACAGACGGGAGAAGGCUAUGAAAGGCAAGCCGUUGGAAUCGGCGAUCCCAUUUCCUUUUCUGCUCGUCUGCCUCGUUCUCGCCAGCAGCUAUGAACCGCGCAAUUCAGAUACCGUUCGUCCGUACGCGUCGAGGGUGCACCCUCUCGAUAUCGGCACCGACUGGUCUAAGACGGACAACAACGACGGAUUCACCGUCGUUGACAUUACGGAUAUCGACUCGCCAAAAUACUGCUUCUUGCACCCCUGGCUAUCGUAUAGAGAGGAUGACGACGACAGGACGACAGGUCGUAUGCCCAUGACCGACGAGGAAUACCUCGACUACUACGCUGAAUCGAGAGCGUUGUUCCCGCCGUCUAUGGCUCCGUGGAAGCUCAUCGAUGCUGCCUCGCUUCUCGACCUUUGGCCUGAUGGAGAGUGGUCGGCAAGGAGGGAUUCUCCUGUCGACGGUGGAAGCCAAACAUCUGACACUGUUCCGACAAACGAGUCCAUCUCAGCCUCGGGCUCGGGCUCAGGCGUGGGUAAGUCUAAGCCGUCACUGUCGGAGCUCGCCCUGAAGGUGGCCGUCGAGACGGCCCUCGAACGCGAAGACGUGUUGGAAGCUCUGACUUCGGUUGAAAUUCCCAAUCUCCAGAGCCGCCUCCUUCGAUACGUUCGCGACAAUGCGGGCUUAAUUGAUGGCCGCCCGAAUGGAACACAGCUCGUUGCGCACGCUCUGAAGGACACGGACACGAAAACCCUCGACCUUUCGUACUGGCCCUCGCUGACGGACGAGGUAAUUGUCGAUAUCGUCAAGAAUGUAAAGACCAAUUCGAUCGUCGAAGUUGACAUCUCGAACAACCCCCACGUUACGUCCGCCAGCAUUAAAUCCCUCGUGGAACUGUGCCCGAACCUUCGUUCAAUCAUCGCCCUCAACACCCCGUCCCUACCCCUCAAGGAUUUGAAGGCAUCCAUUGAUAAAUACAACACAUACUGCAUCCAACACUCUUCAAGUCUCCGAGCGCCCUUCGCCAAUGGAGAAGUCUUUCCUCGCAUCAAGGCCUCCAGCCUCGAAAACAUGCUGGCCGACGUGAAGCGCUCGAACAACACCGUCACGCAAGUCUUCCAUUACCUUUCAUGGGCUGGGCAUUUCAUACUCCAGGGGUUUCCCGAGUCCAGCGUCGCCGAUCCGUCUGGCAUGGCUUGGCGAGUCGCUGCUAAAGCGAUCGGGGAGGCCGAUGAUGGGCUCGAAUUCAGGAGCUACAGUCAGCCCGUCCUCCGCAACAUACCCGUCCACGACGUGGAUCUUGGUGUUCGGAAUGCAAUCGAGUGGUUUCCGCAGAUCUUGCAGGCGGCUGUUCAUCAGAAGAAGUCGACAAUGAUGAAUGCACAGGAUGUCCCGUACCAGUGGGCAAUGGCAUUGAGUGUCGGCAUCAAGGACCCCUGGCGUAUCUACCCCGUUCCGGCAAAUGCCUACAUGUGCAGCGAAAUCGGAACUGGCGACGAAGUCAUCCCGAGAUGCCAAAGGGUCCAAGCCGGCUCGUGGACUUUGAUCCUGUUCACCAAGGUUGUCAGAAGCAACCACGACCUUGAAGUCACCGAAGCACAUUAUGCCUUCGUGACGCGAGGAGGAGACGGAAACUUGAUUGUCAAAGAUCUCGAGGGUUUCAGGGACAUGACCCUUGAUGGUAAGGAGAAAAUUUCCGGACUCGAUGACCUGAUUUCCCAGUCGAAACUUGGCAGGGGCGCUGCGGCUGCUGAAGCCGCGGCGACAGACAAAGGUAAAGAGGUCGAGAAUGACGGCCUAAUUUGUGUAGACUGGAAGAGAGUGAAGGUACUUGAAGAGGUUGAGGCUAAGGCCAUUGUCGAGGACUUCAUGCCAGUGUAUGAGGAAGCGAGGGAGAAGAGCUCCAAGGGCAGGCUUAGUUGGUCUCAUGAUGAGCUUAGGGAGGCACUUAUGAGCUAA